CUACCACACUCUAUCCAACGGCCGCGAUCUCUUCCCCAUCAAAAUAAAUACUCUUCUUCUUCUGCUUCAUGAUUCACAUCCAUCAAUUUCCCACUCUCAAAUCUUCAGUAAUCCUAAAUCUUCAGAUUCUUCGCAGAAAUGGCACGUACUAAGCAAACCGCUAGGAAGUCCACCGGAGGCAAGGCGCCGAGGAAGCAGCUGGCGACCAAGGCGGCGAGGAAGUCGGCUCCGGCGACCGGCGGAGUGAAGAAGCCGCACAGAUUCAGGCCCGGAACCGUCGCCCUCCGCGAGAUCCGGAAGUACCAGAAGAGCACGGAGCUGUUGAUCCGCAAGCUGCCGUUCCAGCGCCUGGUUCGUGAGAUUGCCCAGGAUUUCAAGACGGAUCUCAGGUUCCAGAGCUCCGCCGUGUCUGCUCUCCAGGAAGCCGCCGAGGCCUACCUCGUCGGUCUUUUCGAGGACACCAACCUCUGCGCCAUUCAUGCGAAGAGGGUCACCAUUAUGCCCAAGGAUAUUCAGCUCGCCAGAAGGAUUAGGGGCGAGCGUGCUUGAUUUGUUGUGAAAACUGUAAUAGUAUAGCUGAAUGUUUCAGAAUCCAGUAGUGUUCUUGGUUGUGUACUUGUGGUAGAUUUGUUCUUCCUUAACUGUGCAUUCUGGAUGCACAAAGUAGUGUCCUGUCUUUGUUGAUGGGUUAAUGGAAAAGUUUGUUACUGUUUAUGAAUCUGAUUCCAAAUGCAACUCUUUUCUGCUCCGUCUCACUCUGAUUCCACUCUUUAUCUCACUUUGCUCUCAAGGAUGUUUGUAUAUGGAAUUCUUUUAUGUAAAAUUCGUUACAUCCUUUCAUACAAAUUGAUCGGCGGACCGUGGUUGAAUAUGGUGGCUUUAAAGGCUUGAAUUGCACUCUGAAUGUCAAACCAAUUCUACCAUUCUGAAGAUAUUGGUGUCUCCUUGACCUUUCAGUUCCUUUCUUGUUCUUCUCGAACCUUAAAAAUUGCAGAUGUGUUUGAGAAUUGGGACUAACUAAACAAGGCGUCCUAAUCAACUUUGCUAUGGGAUUUGCAUAAUGGAUUUGGCACCUAAAUCUCAAGCAUCCGAAACUUGGUUCGAAUCCAUUAUUAGUUAAAGAACACAAAUUUGUAGGGCCCACGAAUUUGCAUAUCCCAAAUAAAUAUUGGGACUUUUAGGGACGAGGAUACACAUACGAUAGCCCGAGACCGGAUGACCAGGAUUAAUGGAUUAUGAUAGAGUCGUGAACAACGUUCACUUUCCGUAAAGAAUAUCUCCGCCCUCAACAAGCCUAGGGUUACAGGAAAUUUAUUCGUAGGAUAAAACCAUCAGCACUUUAGAAUCUAGACUUAAGAAACUAAAGCAUACUUC